AUGAAUGAGCGGCCCCCAUAAGGAUAUGUUUACCCGACGUGUGUGUGUGUGUGCGCAUAUGCAUGCAUGUGUGUGUGCGCAUAUGCAUGCGUGCGUGUGUGUGUGUGUGCGUGCAUACGCAUGCGUGUCCAAGGUGCCCCCCUGCCUCAUGUUGUCUGGCCUAAGCUUCAAGUCCCCUGUGACCCUGACAGGAUGAUAAUAAUAAAGAUUAUUUUAGUAAUUAUAAAAUUAGAUUAUUUCACUAAUUUAAGUAUGAUUGAAAUGUUUUCUAUUGCAAUUUUUUUUUUUACAUGUAUUUUAUUUUUAAAACUCUCAAACCAUUAUCAUGUAGCUGAGUAGCCGUGUCGUUAUUUGUUGGUAAAGUUUAUAAAAGACGCCUCACUGCAGCAUUAACUGGCGUUAGUUUGAGUGAAGCAGCGAUGCCUCACAGGAUGCUGAGAGACCGCAAAACGGUCCACUGUCAUCUGCAUGGAGAGGAACAGACACAAGGUGAUCUGUCUCCCUGCCUUGUGUCCAGCCCCUAGUAUACAAGCAUAUUAAAUGUAUUGGAUAUUUAAUCACAUUAACUUGUUAAAAGAAAUUUGUGAAUAGGGGGGGGCUCUGAUGAUGAUGUGGUGCCCCUGGUCACUCUUGUGACAAUAUUGUUAUUUUACCAUUUAAGCUCUUAGAUAAAAGCUUCUCUUGGGUAAUUUAAGCAAAUACUUGGCUCACAAUGUCAUUACACAUAUAGAUAUGUUCACCUGCUCUUCUAUGCUGCUACGUUCACUGCUCAUUGACCGCACCAUGGAUUUUAUAUCUGCCACGCUAUUUUCUUUUCCCGAAAAAUGAAACACUGCUUGUAAUUCCUCCUUUAAAAGCGCGCCAGGUUCGGCUGACAGACCAGUAUCACGGUGCUCUAUGCCCCCAUUACAUGACAAAAGAGAGCGAGACAGGGAGAGGUCAGUGCAGACCUCUCUAUACAGACCACACAAUCUCGUAGGAAUCCUGGGUGAACACUGCCGGUUACAUUCCUCUCAUGAGAUUUUUUGACUGCACAGGCUGCCUAUUUUACAAAAUGUUAAUCAUACACACACACAUACGAGAAAGGAAUCUGGAAUUAAUAAUUAAGACAUUUCGAACAUUAAUUCCGGACUUUCUCCCAGGAAAUCUAAUCGUCACUCUGUCCUUACAUUUAGUGUUUAUCACUACUGGUUUAUUUAGUUAUUUACAGAUAUUAACAGAUUCCUGGCAGAUUUAAAGGGUACAAUAUACUUAAGAUACUUUUCUAAAUUAGAAAAUACUUUUCAUUUUAAAAAUGAACCCAACAACAUAUGAGGAAGAAGUUUUGUUCCCCCAAAUAACAUAUAUGUGGGAAAUAAGCAUUUAAGAAUUUUCCCCAGGAAGAUCAAUGAAAUAUAUCUUACCUUGUGGUAAAUUCCAGCAAAUCGUCAAUGGUCAAGGAGUCUGACUUGCUGCAGCAGUAAGUUUUGGUCCGCAUAUUACUUAAAUCAGCCAGGAAUAACCUUAAAUCCGUAAAUAUACAUAUAAGCCGUGCAGGUUUAAAACAUUUGUCCCAAUUUGUCUUCUUCCUCUUAACACUGACGACCCGAUUCGGCCACGCAGUGUCCGGCCGGCAUACGCAUUUGCUGGAUGGGAGUUGCCAUGGUUUCCGGGGUCACAUGCGUGCCGCUGUCGUAGCCAGCAGGAAAGGAUGCUACACUCUCCAGAGCCAUUUCCACUGAGCCAGAAGGCAGCAUUCACUUACCGAUAGAUAUCCGCCAAUGGAGAAUCUACUGUAAUGCUGCAUAUUUUGUAUUAUUUUACAGCUCAGAGAUCGCCACAAAUCACUGCUCAGAAAUUUGAGGUCGGGAAGCGUUUAGACGACGAUAUAUCACAAAAAGCCGCAUUUUGAUUUCUGAUUUCUCCUGCGACUGCCGAUAGGAAUGAGUAUUGAAAUUCCCGAAGGACUGACCGAGCUCUUGCAAAGCUUUACCCUGGAGGUCCUGAGGAAGCAGCCCGCAGAUCUGCUGGAGUUCGCCCUGCAGUAUUUCACUCAGUUAAAGGAAAGGGAUCUCAAAAGGGGCGCUUUCGGGAAUGACAACAAUUCGGCUGCCAGGUCUGGAAAGGCAGUCAACUUUGUGGAAGAAGCAAUGCAGAUCGACUCAGAAAAUGGGGAGGACGAUGAGGAGGACGACGAGGAAUUCGUAGCUCCCGUGAUCAACAGAUUCAUAAGACGUGCUUCCGUAUGUGCCGAAGCAUUCAACCCCGAUGAGGACAAUGACGACAAGGAGCCCAAGAUCACUCACCCCAAAACAGAUGAGCAGAGGCAAAGACUACAGGAAGCAUGCAAAGACAUCCUUCUGUUCAAGAACUUAGAGGCGGAACAGAUGUCCCAACUUCUGGAUGCCAUGUUUGAGAAGCUUGUAGAGGCUGGGGAACAUAUCAUAGAUCAGGAUGAUGAUGGCGAUAACUUCUACGUCAUCGAAAGGGGGACGUUUGAUAUCUUUGUGAAGGUCGACGGUGUGGAAUGUUCCAUGGGCUCAUACGACAACCGUGGGAGUUUUGGGGAACUGGCACUCAUGUACAACACGGGCAGGGCUGCCACCAUCGUGGCCACCUCUGCUGGAGCCCUCUGGUGCCUGGACAGACUUACGUUCAGGAGGAUCAUCGUGAAGAACAACGCCAAGCGGCGGAAGACGUACGAGGCGUUCAUCGAGACUCUUCCGCUCCUCAAGUCGUUGGAGCCGUCGGAGAGGAUGAAGGUUGUUGAUGUGCUGUCCACCAAAGUUUACAGCAGCGGAGAACAGAUCAUUUCUCAGGGAGAUACAGCUGAUUGCUUCUACAUUGUGGAGUCUGGACAAGUUAGAAUAACCAUGAAGAGGAACCAGGUAGGACUGACCUUAGCCUUGAAUUGUGGUCGUUACUGUUUGAUGUUUGGAUGUACUACAGGUAACAUUUCCUCAGGGUCCGCAAGGCCUCAGGGCCUGGAGAGUAUUUUGCGUGGAGGAUUUGGUACACGGCACCUAAAAUUAAACCCUAGAAUUCGCAGCUAAAGGUUUUCUGUCUUUUCAGUUACAGAUCAUGCUCAGUCGAAGAAGGACCUUGAAAACGGAGAAGUGGACAUUGCCAAAUGCUCCAGAGGACAGUACUUCGGGGAACUGGCGUUGGUCACCAACAAGCCUCGGGCAGCCUCAGCUUACGCUGUAGACAACGUGA